CUAUGUACCAACCAAAAUCUUGAGUCGGGUCAAGUAAAAAUACAAUAUUGACCGAGGAAAGGAGGGCAGAGGAGAAGGCGUAACUAAUACAUGCUAGGAUGACAAACGGACCAUAGUGGAAUCAAAGAAGAAGAUGAACGAUGAACGAAACGGCCGCUUGCAAAAGUCGGAUGCGAAAAAAGCCUUGGGGAAAAGCUUUGGGCGAGCGAUCGUCACCAGGGAAGAGAGUUACCUCGCGACACAUGGGCACCGACGUAAUCCCACCCGUGAAAGAAGGUACCCCGAAGUACUCCUUCUCCGGCGAAACGUCAUUCCUCGCGAGGAACGCUAGCGCUUCCCGGCCAAUCAGAGUCCGAACCCGCAUCACACUUAUUGCCCAAAAGGGAUUUAGCGCGCUGGGUCAUUAAAAUUCCGUUCCGAUUCCAGGCACGGGCCGCUCGCAUGCAUGUGACAGAUCACGUAAUCAGAGGCGUGGUUUUUCCGCUAAAUUUCCAGAAAGCCCUCGCUGGUUUCCCUCCGGCCAGGCAGUGCGAAGCGGACUUUGUGCCAAUGGGUUUUGUGGUAUCUUGUCAAUCUGGCAUGUAUCGCGUUUCGUACGGGGCCGUUCUCCUUUCAAUGCGGAGUUGAAGCAUCUGUGGCCGACGGUAGCCUUGAAUAUGCCAGAAGGACCAGCGCGAUCUCGAGGAACGGGGAGGAGGGUAAAAAAAAAAAAAAAAAAAGGAAAGGUUAUCACGAUAGACGAAGUGUUUUGUUGACAAAGGAACCCUCUAGGAAUCAAUUGCCCGUCUUGUAGUACAGCCGCGUGCAGAUACACUUGUACGAAAGGUACGAGGCUGGAUUAAAUUUUGGCCCCUUUCGAACUGCCUACUUCGCACUCCCGCCGCGAUCCGACGACUGCGGGAUUAAGAUCCGGAACACACUCAUCUCAAAAGCGUGAUGGGGAAAAAAGCGAAUGCCAGAUUUGUUAUCAUCAACGCACAACGUAGAUUUUCCCUCCAGAUUGGAAAAGGCACGGCGCGGAAUGAUUCCGAGGGACGGGAAUUUGCCCCAAGCAAUCUGAUCUCCACCAUCCCCAGGUUUGCA